AUGACAAAAAUCCAAACUGACUGGUGUGGAUUCUUAGACACCCCCUCCCCCAAUGUCUUGUGCCCGUCCGGCAACACCAAUAUUUUCUUUCGUAGGUAUCGGAGGUUACCAAGCCUUUUGCUUCAGGGCUCCCAACUCCAUACAGCGUCGCGAUGCCUGAAGAGCAAAACAGGGGCAGAGCAGCGUUGGCUGGAGCGACACUUCAAGGACCCGUUUGUCAAGGAAGCCAGGCAGCAGCACUAUCGUUGCCGGAGCGCCUUCAAGCUUCUGGAAGUGGAUGACAAACACGGCAUCCUUCGCCCGGGGCUUUGUGUGUUAGACUGCGGCACGGCCCCCGGAGCUUGGGCUCAGGUGGCAGUCCAGAGGGUCAAUGCGGCUGGUUCGGAUCAAGGCGCCCCCAUUGGCUUUUUUCUUGGAGUUGACCUCCUUCACAUUUUCCCUCUGAAAGGCGCCGUCUUCCUGCCUCAUUCCGACAUAACCGACCCGAGCACUCAAAAGAAGAUCCAGGAGGUCCUUCCCAAAGGCAAGGCGGACGUCAUCCUGAGCGACAUGGCGCCCAACGCCACCGGGAUCCGGGACAUCGAUCACCAGCGCCAGAUUGGCUUGUGCUUGUCCCUCGCGGAUCUGGCCCAGCGCAUUUUGGCGUCCGGCGGGACCCUACUCUGCAAGCCAGUCGGAAGGAAUCAGCUGAGAUGUAUUACCUGGCGAAAUCGUUCAGACCACAGCGAAGACAUGGAGGAGAAUACGCUGGUCUUAUCUGUGAUGAAGCAUUUAGACCGGGUGUUGGCUCCGGCCGCUGACCCGGCCCAGAGCUCUGUGCACGUGCGGUACCAACAGAUGAUGCGGGCCGAAGAGGAGGCCGAGCAGAUCCAUUCCGGGACACGGCUCUUGCAAGCGGAACGGGAGAAGAUGCAGAUGGAGCUGAGUCACAAGAAGGCCCGCAUCGAGCUGGAGAAACAGGCCAACUCGCAUGCGAGGAAUUACGAGCGGGAGUUCGACCGUAGCCAAGAACUCCUAAAGCAGAUCAAGCAGUGUCGGGAAAGGGAAACGGAGGCCGAAAAUAAGCUGAAAGAACAAAUCGAGGCCAGUAAGACCUGUCAGAAGAACGCCGAGGCUGUGAACAAGAAACUACAAGAGAAGGAGAACCAGCUUGCCGAAGCGAAUGAGAAGUCGGCCGCGCUGAAAGCGAGGAUGUCCGAGCUGCAGUGGGACGUCAUGAACCAGGAGAGGCAGAUCAAGAGCCAGGAGUCGGAGAAGCAAGAGCUGACGGAGCAGCUGGAGGCACAGCGCAAGCAGUGGCAAGAGGCCUGCCAGCAAAUUCAGGCCCUGCAAGCCAAGCAAACCCAGAUGGCCGACAAGGAGCAGAAGAUUCAGGAAUUGGAGCAGAAGCUGGCUUUGCAGGAACAAGACGCCGCGAUCGUCAGGAACAUGAAGGCCGACUUGGCCCGGUUCCCCAAAAUGGAACGGGAGCUGCGGCAGCUCAGAGAGGAGAACGCUUAUCUCAGGGAAAUGAAAGAGAACAACGGGCUGCUCAGAGAGGAAGUGGAGGGGCUCCAGAGGAAACUCGAACGCUACGAGAAGGUCCAGGCGGAUAUGGUGGCGCUAGAACUGGAGAAGGAGAAACUUCAGGGGAAGCUGGACACCUGGGAAAAACAUGGCGAGAACACCGGCUUAAGUAUCAAGAGCCCCGAUGAUCUCUCGAGGCACGUCGUCGCCGUACAGCACCGGGAACUUCUUCUGAAAGAGCAGAACUCUGCCCUUGCCAGCAGUGUCCGGCAACUCGAAAACGUACGGAAGCAGCUCCAGGACGAUCUCCUGAAGGCGCAGAGCCAACUGCUGGAGGAGAAGAAGAAACGGGAGCAGGCCGAGACAAUGGCCCGAUGCCUGCAGAAACGCGUCCUGCUGCUCAUCAAGGCCCGCGACGGCAUGAGAGGCAUUCUGGAAUCCUACGACAGCGAGCUGCACCUCGCCGAGCACGUGCCUCAGCUGAGCGCCCGCGUGCGGGAGGCCGAGGACAUGGUGCAGAAAGUGGAAGCCCACACUGCGGAGAUGGAGGUUCAGCUGUCUCAGGCAUUGGAAGAAGCCGGGAAUCAGAAGAAAAGAGCAGACACAUUGGAGAUGGAGUUACGAAUGCUGAAGAGUCAGGAAUCCACCAGGGACCAGAGCAUCUUUAUCGCUCAGGAGGGGGUGAACAGACUCAGGUUAAAAAUUGAGGAGCUGGAAGCUGAACGGAGCCGGCUAGAAGAGGAGAAGAAAUCCCUGGAGAGGAAAGUGGAGGAGAUGGCCCUUCAGGGCGGUGAUCAUGACCCCAGCAAAACCAAAGUCCUCCACCUCAGUGUGAAUCCGGCCAGCCAGGCCAAGCGGCAGCGUCUGGAGGAGCAGGCCCACCUUCGCGAAGAGUGCGAGCGCUUGAGAGAGAUGGUCCGAGUGCUCGGAAGCGGAGGGUCCCUCCCGGAAACCUCCAAGGGGGCUGCGGGUCUCCAGCCCCCCCAGGAUAUCGCAGAGCUGAAGAAACAGCUGGAGAGCGCGGAGCUGAAAAACCAGCGCCUGAAGGAGGUUUUCCGGACCAAGAUCACGGAGUUCCGCAAAGUGUGCUACAAGCUGACCGGGUACCAGAUCGACAUGACGUGCGAGAAUCAGUACCGGCUCACCUCGGUCUACGCCGAGCACAAGGAAGACUGCUUGAUCUUCAAGGCCUCCAGCUCCUCCGGCUCCAAGAUGCAGCUCCUGGAAACAGAGUUUUCCCAGACCCUCCGCGAGCUGAUCGACCUCCAUCUCCACCACCAGGACAGCAUCCCCGUUUUCCUGAGCGCUGUCACCCUCGACCUCUUCAGCCGCCAGACCAUGGCUUAG